GACUGAUAAUUAGCGGCGUGCUUGGGGAGUAUACACUGAUAGUAAUAUCUUACUAGCCGGGAGGGAAAGAAGAAUAGUGUCGGGCUAGGGCGACUGAAGCGCCGAGGAAGAAACGAGCCGCCCGCCGUACCACCUGAGUGAGAGCAAGCUGCUGGAUUUCAAAACAUCUAGAUCUGUGUGUGCGAAGGUUUCCUGACGCUCGUGCCCGGGUAAAGGUUGCGGCGUGCCACUCUGUAUGACGAGCUACCAGAUUAACGAGCCUCGAGAUCAGGUUGUGAUAAACAAUCCCGUCAACUAGCUGUCAUGAGACAGAACUCAACACAUACCAAGUGUUCUACAGUCUCCUGAAGUUUGAUAUCAGAUAUUUUGUUUGGGAAUUUUGCCAUGUAACAGUGUUUCACGCUGUGGAAAGAAGUAGCUACAACGAUGCCGUCCAGAGGACGUACCACCAGCUAUGCCAGCGUUGUGUUCAUGACGUCUAUAGUCUGGCUCGCCAUGCACAUAGUUUUCCUCAUGUUUUACGUCAUGUUUAAGGACCCCUCUAAGCACAGGUUUGUCGAGAUGCACAUGGGGUCCCUGUCACAGAAAGGGAUACGCGAACACAUCAUACAGGGGAAGAUGGAGAGAAAGAUGCAGAGAAGGAUGGACGCGUUGUUGGAGGAAGAGGAGAAGUACCACAGGCGAGUCAUGAAUGAGACUUAUACGUUGAAUGUCUCAGGAUUAGUCCAUGCUAGCAUUGACCCUGACCUUCAUUCUGAGAACGUCAAGUUGAAGAAAGACAUCCGCAGACUCUCCCGGAGAACCAGAGGUCUGGAGUUCGCUCAGAGGACACUGCUAAACGCGCUCACCACAAAUUCUCCAGAUGGCGGAAAACCAACAACCAAAACGUCGCCUGACAGGCUAUUCAUGUCGACAAGUGAAAGCACUAUUGUCAGCAAAGAAAACACGUCUGGACUCAAGUUCGAUGGGUCAACUAAAGGGGACCAACACCAAGAAACUCUCCAAGACAGUGACAACAACGUCUCGAUGCACGUUGUUGAAGAACGUGACGUCACAACCAUGCCGAGAGAUCCCAAAGCUCCCGGUGAAAACGGGGAGGGGGUUAUAGAUGACGACAUAGAGAAAGUGGAAGAGGCUUUUAAGAUUGCCUCCUUCAACCAGCACGCCAGUGAUCAAAUUUCUAUCGAGCGGUCUCUCCCGGAUGUACGGGCUGAAGGCUGUAACACUAGCUUGGUGGGAGACGAUCUGCCCAGCACCAGUGUCAUCAUCUGCUUCUGUGAGGAAUCGUGGUCUACCCUGCUGCGGACGGUACACAGUGUAAUCAACCGCUCGCCUCCGCGGCUUGUCAAGGAGAUCAUACUGGUGGACGAUGCGAGCUCAAGAGAGCACCUGAAGAAGAAACUUGACGACUACAUGGAAAGGUUUCCCAAGGUCAAGAUCAUCCACCUUCCCGAGAGGGCAGGGCUGAUCAGAGCACGGCUUCGGGGCGCAGCGAUUGCGACAGGAGAGGUCCUGACGUUUCUGGACUCUCACGUGGAGUGCACGGUGGGCUGGCUGGAGCCGCUCCUGGAGAGGAUUAGACAGAACAGGAGAGCAGUGGUCUGUCCGUCUAUUGACGUCAUAGAGAUGAGGACUUUCAGGUAUUCUUCCUCCGGUCACAUGACCCGCGGGGGUUUUGAUUGGCGGAUGCACUUCCGGUGGAACACGGUGCCUGACUACGAGAUGGCCAGGCGGAAAAUGGAAAAAGCGCCAAUCAGAUCACCUACAAUGGCGGGCGGGCUGUUCUCCAUACAUAAGAUGUUUUUCGAAGAGCUGGGCACAUACGACCCUGGGCUCGAGAUCUGGGGUGGAGAGAAUCUUGAACUCUCGUUCAAGACCUGGAUGUGCGGCGGCACGCUGGAGAUCUUACCCUGUUCCCGGGUGGGUCACAUCUUCCGGCAGUCCCAGCCUUACCGGUUCCCCGGCGGAGGGAUGCAGACCGUCCAGAGGAACAGUUUACGCGUCGUGCAAGUCUGGAUGGACGAAAGGCACAGGAAAGCGUUCUAUGCCGUCAACCCCGAGCUGAAAGACAUGAACAUAUCGUACGGAGAUGUGAGCGAGCGGCGGCAGCUGAGAGACAGGCUGGGGUGUAAGUCCUUCCAGUGGUACCUGGACACUGUGUACAAGGAGAUGCGGGUUCCUGAUCUCACGUUCCAGGCAUCGGGAGAGUUGCGAAACCUGGGAGUAAACCUGUGCCUGGACACCCUCGGGAACACGGAAGGCUCGCUGGCCCUGUAUCCAUGUCACGGGCUGGGAGAUAGACAGUCUUUCCUGUACAACUGGGAGAACUACUUGCGGCACGAGGAGCUGUGCCUGGUACCGUACUUCCCCCCGCCGGAGGAGGACAGACCCCCGGAGCUUCACAUUGACUGGUGCGAGGGGCAGGACGAAAAGCUG